AUGCUGAGGGAUGCUCCAGAGGAUGCUGAGAUGGGAGAGCUGCUGCAGCACCCUUUCCGAGGGGAAGACCGAAAAGGAACCGAAGCGAAACCCCGCGAGCCCAAGUUGGCAACGCCAGAGAUGGUGCUUGGCCCGGACUCGCACCCUCGGCGGCCGCGCGACCUCACAACCGCGGACAGGUGCGGUAAGUGCGGACGUCAAAUCCACCUGUCCAUUGAUCCUGGAGUGUUGAUUGACGGAGGAAGCGACGUGAGCGAGUGUCGCGAGCCCGCCUGGCGAUCGCCCAGCUCUCUGGAGGCAGACGACCUUCCACCGGGACAACCCAAGUUCAUGAUCACAGACAUCCUUGCCCAGCGAGGGCCGCCCACGCCCACAGAAGACCAAGGCGAGGGAGGAGGCGCGUCGGCUACGCCCACAGACUCCCUAAAACGCCUCAAUAUAAGAGUUGUAACACGUAGCCUAGGAUUCCGAACAAAUACUCCCGCGUCUAACUCCCCUCCCCCCCCUGUUGCAAGCCCACAAGCCCUGUUGCAUAACGACUCCUUCCUCUCGCCAGGCAACGACGCGGGACCCGCCGUCAAGAAGCAGCGGAAGGCGCGGACGGCGUUCACGGACCACCAGCUGCAGACGCUGGAGAAGAGCUUCGAGCGGCAGAAGUACCUGAGCGUGCAGGACCGCAUGGAGCUGGCGGCCAAGCUCAACCUCACCGACACGCAGGUCAAGACGUGGUACCAGAACAGAAGGACGAAGUGGAAGCGCCAGACGGCCGUGGGGCUCGAGCUGCUGGCCGAAGCAGGCAACUACGCCGCCCUUCAGAGGCUCUACGGUCCCGCUUACGGGUGGCCGUACCCGCCCCAGCCGUCCUCA